AUGCAAUAUAAUCUCAUCCUCACUCUUGCUGCCAGCGUUGGCCUGGUGUCUGCUGCUCUGCCUAAGGCUAACGAGUACAAAAGCCUCGAUUGCUCUGGAGACCUAAACUUUGGCCAUAACGCUUACGACCUGCAUAUGGUUACUAUGGACGACUCAACCCAUUCGGUCUACCAGGCAGGCACCGCCUGGUAUCUUUUCGAUGGCAAGGCCAGUGAUGGAGGACGCUGUACGGGUAACUUCUUGGGUCAGGUGAACGCUGAUACCCCGGCUUGUCUGCUUGUCGACACAACCUCGACUGGCCAGCGGAUUAGGUGCCUUUGCAACCCUCUCAUUGGCAUUGGUGCUGGUGGCAAGAAUUCUUGCGAUUAUGUCAGUUAG